AGAAACCUCCGAGCUCCGAGCUCCGAGCUCCGAGUCCCGAUAACCGCCAUCCAUCUCAAUCCUUCCUUUGACCACCAUCGUCUAGCGACUUACACCAUGGCAACUCCUCGCCGUAAUGGCCAACUAUCCUCUUGCGAGCCAUGUCGUACAUCGAAAUUGCGAUGCGAUCACAUAAGUCCCGUUUGUGGGAGAUGUGUACGCCGCAAUCUUCGUUGCACUUAUCAUCCGGCUCCGUUGACGCAGUCAACUACCGAAAUACGCAAAAGAAAACGCCGCUUGGUAGGUGAGGCAGAGAUACCCGUCAAUAUUGGUCGACUAGACAGUGGAUCCGAUAUCUGGACUCGGAAAAGGACAUCUGUCUCGGCCCCAGGAUUUUUGGGACAAACUAGCUACUCCGACGCCUUCGCGGAUACCAGAAACGAGCCUCUCGUUGGGGCUCAAUUCCUUGCAGGCGAUGAUGAUCUCCCGGUUGACCAAAAGCGCAUUCAUCUCGGUGCUCGAGUCUUAGUACUUCUAGAAAACCUCCCAUUAUACCGAGACGUGGUCACUGCUCGAUUCAAAAUAUGGACGGGCUGGAGCCUUGGCUGGCCAAUCACGAACAUGGUAUUCACAGUCGUUGAGAAUAUGUGGAAUUCCCUAGAGAAUGACCGAAAAGACACAAAUACACGUGCUCUCCUCAUGUCUCAGAGACUAUUUGAAACGCAUAGUCGGGUGCUGGAAGUGCAUCCCUCAAUGACCUGGCAGGAGUUCCAGUCUGCGACUUCUGGAAGAUGGGAGCUGGUUGGUCUACUUUUCACUCUGACUGGUCUGGCCACAGACUGGGUGCCUCAUGACGACCCUGUCUUCAAGCGUCGGGAUACCAUGGAUCCAAAAAGUCUGGCUAUCACCGCGACCGCGGUCGGGGACAUAUGUCUGCAGUUUUGUGAUAUCAAUGGAAUUGUGAACGAUCUUGUGAGCUGGCUGCUAUUGCAUCAGGUCAUACUCCUCGGCAUAGUCUAUGGUGAAAGUGACUUCCGGCCGUGGAGAAAGCUGGGAGAUUUAUCAACAACGGUAUUUGCCCUCGGGCUUCAUCAGGAUUCCAGCACCAAGGCUCCGUUUUUUCUUUCUGAGAUGCGAAAAAGAACCAUGGUCGCGGCAUAUACGGUAGACAAAGGGCUCGCCACUUUCCUGGGUCGCCCGCCGCUCAUCAGCUGGCGUUAUUGUGAUAUUCAAAUGCCACUUGACUUGAGCGUUGAUGAGAUCUUCGCUGAUUUAGUGAUUCGCGACACUGCAAUCGCCCGGUUGGACGGAAAGAGCGGAUGGAAUCAAGAAUCAAGCUUAAAGAAGGGGGCAUGGCCUCGACUCGCUUUGAUCAGUAGUGUCCUUCGCGAAAAAGUCUUGGAAUUGUCACUGAGUUGGCAAACUGAGAACCUCAGCCAGAAGGUCCAGGAUCUCUCCCACGAAUGCCGCCAACUCCGACAAGCCCUUCCAGAAUUUCUUCAUUGGACUCGUGAUGAUGGCAGUGCCACUUUUUCCAGAUCUCGAGUUGAAGACGAUAUCCUUUUCGAUAUCUAUAUAGGCUUUCUUUAUAACGACUUCUUGCUUUACCGAACUCUUGGGAAGCGGACCCAAGCUCAACCCGAAGCAAUCAUCGGCGUUUCACGGGAGAUCCUCAACGCGUUGGUCAUUAUGAUUGCUAGGAAAACUCGCUCCGGGCAUCCCAUCAAAGAUCUUGGUUUUAAUGUAUGCUUACCAGGUCUCCCUUCUGCCGGGGUCCUUUGUGCAGAACUACUGCGUCGAUCUCGCUCAACAGUGUCAAAUUCUGAUCUGGGAUUUCCUCGCUCGGAGAUCAUCCAGAAUUUGACCCUUUUCGCGGCAUAUCUGGAUAUCAUCAUUAAGCCUCAUGAAGGCAACUAUCGUGUCGCACAGCACGGUCGGAAAGCUAUCCGCCAUGUCUUGGACCAAGUCCUCUCCAUCGAAGAUGACCACGGAACGAGUGACAAAUCGGGUCGUGACGACAACUUGCUAGAUGAUGUGAAUAUUGAUGAUCAUGAAUUGUUUCUUGGUUGGUUUGAUGAGAAUAUGCAACAUGCGUCUGAUUCCUGGCUUGCGUGGGUCAAUUUUACCUAA